AUGUCAUAUUUUAGUAGAUUGAAAUCUCAAAGAGAGAAAACUAGAUCGUCUAGAAGUGUUCCAACGGAAACCGGAGAAGAAAACGAUGAUGAUGAUGAAGACAUGUAUUCUCAUGAUUUUGAAGUCAAAUAUGAGACAAUUUUCGAUCAACUUGAUAGCACAGUGAGAGAUAUAGUUAAUUGGUACAAGGAUGAAUUUUUUAUUGACGAAAAUGAGCCGGAAGCUAAAAAAAACCUGAAUAGGAUUCUUCAUAAAUUGGGCAGUAAUCUUUUCUGUGCCCCCUUUUUACUCUACCGCGUUCUCUGUUUUUCUACCCUUUUGUGUAAUCAUUUGAAUAUAAAAUCUUAAUUGAAAUUACAUACAUUUUCAGAUGACAUUAUAACCUAAAAUUUAAACUUAUUUCACAAUUUCCAGACAGAAAAUAAAAAAAAUAAAAACAUUCGCAUUGGUGAGGAAUCGAACCAGGACCUCUCGGGCAAUAAACAUCCAAUUAUUUUAUGGCAAUUUGUGCGCGCGGCGCGCGCAAAAAACAUGAAUUGACCGUAAAAACGUGAUUUUUUGAAGAUGAGGGACCCCGAAAAAUUUCUUUUAAUGUAGUCAAAUCUACGUAAAAAGGCACGAGGAACAUUUUGGAAGCGGUUAGAAAGAGCGGAAAUGACUCCUGAGCAAAGUUUAUAUAGGGCGAAAAAAAAAAUUUUUUUAGGAUUGAGUAUCGAAAUUUAUACUCUUUUCCAUCGGAAAGAGCGUCAAAAGACGAGCAAAAUGCUUUUUUGAUCAUUGAAAAUUAUGAAUUUUAA